GUUACAUUAGUCGAUUUUGCCAAUUCUUCCUUGGAAGAAGGGUAGCUCCUAAACCGAAUGGCGGGAACGAACGGACGAAUGAACGAACGUGGUGAGCAAGGAAGGCGGAAAGGGGAAUGGAUAGAAGGACGGACAGACGGAUGGCCGGGUAACCCAGAUUGGGUCAGUCGAGCCGAUCCUACGGAGACCGGCUGCCAGUAUAGUAUCGGACGUCGUACACGAUUCUGACUUUUCUGGCUUGAUUAUUCAGGCGCGCAUAGUCGACCGGUCGUUUUUCAAUAUUAAAAGAAGUUACUGAAAUUGACACCGAUCACUUAGUCUAAGUGCGGGCAAGUUGUUGAUGUCAGAGAUAUAUUGUGAAAAAAACGAAGCCGCAGGUCGAGAUGCAGUUCUCCUGUAAUAACUGUAGCUAGCCAAUAGACAAGCGCCUGGUGCCUUUUUCAUGGAUUGGACAAUGGCAAAAGGGAGGAUAGCCAUAAUAUUCUCGAUUGUGUUCCUGGCUAUUGCGUGCCACAUUCAUUCUGUCGUGGGGGUCAAGGUCUACGCGGAGGUUGCGUCCUUGAACGAGACCGCGCGCAACGAUGAUGAUAUCGCCGAGGAGAACGAGGUGCCGCUUUCUCAAGAAUCUAAAAACAAAAUUGACAAACCCUUGCGUGAUCAUCCGCACAAUAUGCAUGGAAAACCAACGAAAUUCGAUAUCGAAGACGACAAAUCGAAUUAUCAGAUUGAACCGACGAGAAUAGCUAAUGUUACAGCUAAUCCAAUUGAAAUGAAUUCAUUGACCAGUCGAUCUCUAUCAAAUUCUUAUCAAACAGAAUGCAAAGGAAAGCUCACGGUUUCUUGCCUACGGAAGGAUUUUUUGAACUUUUUAGAUCAACUCUCGAGGGUUGAUACGUACAACGUAACAGAAACUGUGCAGAUUAUAAGAAAUCCUGAGGUCAACGUUACGUGCAACGGUCGAAAAAAAAAUGAUACGGAUUUAAAUCUUUUGGAUAAGGUUCAUCAUUAUGCCAGGACACACGUGAUGAAGAUACAGCUGAAUAAGGAUCUCAGUCUCGCCAGGAAAGCCAGGACGUUCUUCGGUUCAUUUGGUCUGAAGAAACUGUUGCUACCCUUGUUCUUCGGCGUACAAAUAAUUAAGAGUGUGUUACUUGCUCUCUUCCUACCCAGUAUCAUCGGCAGUAUUGGUAAUAUCGUUGGAAAAGGUGUUUCCUCUUUCGCGCAAUCUUCGCAUGCCGCGCCCGUGGCGGCUAUGGACGAGAAUUUCGAGUUUAAAGAUAAUUCUGAUCUUUAUAACGAUGAUUAUCUGACGCGACAACCGGUAGGCACGUUACCAGCAUCCGCCAUGUACGACGAAAGUAUGAUGCAGACACAGAAAACUCCGGAUAUUGCGUCCCGCUAUGGAUUCGUCGAUUCGAGAAUAUCUCACGCAAAUGCGCUUUCGGAUCGUUACUAUACGCGACACGUGGCUGCGCAUGGACUUUCUAAACCGCAAGAUUUUAAGGUCUUUCAUGAGAUACCAACGAGCUCUUUGCUGUUGACGAACUACGACCCGUUCUACUCACCCCUGCUGUCACGUCUGGACGCCGUUUUCUCUCGCCUCGGACACAACACGGAAGGUUGCAGGGAGUACGCAGUAUGCGCGAUGUAUCGGAGUCCCGCGCGUUAUGCGCCAUAUUCGAACCUGGUCUCUGCUCAGUUGUCUAGGGAGUUGAACGAGCUGAGGAAACCCAGCAGCGACAAUCCCGACGUUCUACGUUUCUUCAGAUACAUGAAAUCCGCCAAGGAUGGUCAGGAUGGCGUCAAGUGUGAAGAGAUUUAUGCGAAUUGUGCGAACGCUCGUGAAGAUCAGACCUUAAAGCAAAAUCAAGCGAUGCUCGCGACAUAUCAAGAUAUUAAUAAGCUCGUUCAGGCCAGAAAGAUCUGAGAACGUUAUAAUUUAUUUUUUGUUGUUGCUAUUAUUAAUUGCAAACGUGAUAAGAAAAGAAGACGUCUCUCAUAUCGCUUCAUCGAAUACAUGAGCUUUAGGAGCAGUGGCUUAUAGUUCUGAUCGGAUGCAAUCGCUAAAAAGAUUUGGCGUUUGCUCUAAUGAUUGAACAUUCAUAGAUUUUGCGCGCAAGUAAAGUUUUUAGGUAUUCUUAGUGGUGGAUUAUUACGGUCGCUCAUUCGGGACUUCAAGAUGCAAAAUGCCAAUAUUUUUUCCUAAAAAUUUGAUUAACUUUUAGUCAAAAUUUAAGACUAAAAACAAUAUUUAAAUAUUUUUGAAAUUGUUUCAAUUUUGGAAUAGUGCCUUAGAUAAGAGAAUCUGAAAUUAAUUUGCAUUUGGGGCUCCUGAAACAAUUUUAAUUCGCCAUUAUUUAAAUCUUCAACUUCCAAAACUAAACAAGCUCUUGGUGGUACCAUACACAAUUUCCUAAAUUAUCGUUUGUAGCAAAAGCGCGAUGUCGAGUGUAUAAACGUUAGAAUAUGUAAACCUGUAAAAAUCUUAGAACUUUUAUUUUUUUUUUCAAGAAAUUAAGUUUAUAA